CAAUGGAAACUUAAGUGGGUGACCUCUCAUGUGCGUUCUUCCAGAGUCCGAAGAAUCAAGCCAAACAGAAGAAAGUGGCUCCUCCCCCCCCAAAAGAUGUAGAUGAUAGCGAGGAGGAGGAGUCCUCCGAGGAAGAAGACAGCAGUGAGGAAGAGGGUGUUCCUCAGAAGAAGGUGGUAACCCCAAAAGCAGCAGCUACACCUGGCAAAAAGGCUGCCACUCCGGCCAAGAAGGCAGUUGCCACUCCAGCCAAGAAGGCAGUUGCUACACAAGCCAAGAAAGCAGUUCCCACUCCAGCCAAAGGAGCUAAAAAUGGAAAAAAUGCAAAGAAAAAAGUGAUGGAAGAGGAGGAUGAGGAGGAGGACGAGGAUGAUGAUGACAGUGAGGAGGAUGAAGAUGAUUCUGAGGAGGAAGUAGCAAUGCCUGUAAAGCCUUCAGCCAAAAAGCCUGUACCAGCAAAACCUGUGGCAGUACCCGCAAAACAAGAAUCUGAUGAUGAUGAAGAGGAGGAUGAUGAUGAAGAGGAGGAUGAGGAAGAUGACUCUGAAGAUGAGGCAAUGGACACAAGCAUAGCAAAAGGAAAGAAAGCUGCACCGGUGAAAGCUGCUCCAGUGAAAGCAAAGGCAGACUCUGAGGAUGAGGACGACGAUGAUGACGACGAUGAGGAUGAUGACGAGGAGGACGACGAUGACGAGGAGGAAGAACCUGUGAAGGAAGUUCCUGGAAAACGUAAGAAGGAAAUGCCCAAGCAAAAAACUGUCCCAGAAGCCAAGAAAAAGAGAACUGAAGAAACUGCUUCAGCUUUUUCCCUGUUCAUGGGAAACUUGAAUGCCAGCAAGGACUAUGAGGAAUUGAAGACUGCCAUCAAGGAAUUCUUUGGCAAAAAAAACCUUCCAGUGCUGGAAGUCAGAAUUGGUGGUUCCAAGCGGUUUGGCUAUGUAGACUUCUCAUCCGCUGAGGAUCUGGAUAAAUCCCUUGAAUUCAAUGGGAAGAAAUUCAUGGGUUUGGAAAUCAAAUUGGAGAGAGCAAGGAGUAAAGAAACCAAUAAAGAAACAAAGAAAGAGAGAGAUGCCAGAACGCUCUUUGUGAAGAACCUGCCUUACCGUAUAACUCAGGAUGAAUUGAGAGAAGUCUUUGAAGAUGCACUAGAAAUCAGACUAGUGGCUGGCAAGGAUGGGAGCAGUAAAGGGAUUGCCUAUAUAGAGUUUAAAACAGAAGCUGAGGCAGACAAGGCACUAGAGGAGAAGCAGGGCACUGAAAUCGAGGGUCGUGCCAUCAUCUUAGACUACACCGGCGAGAAGAGCCAACAAGAGACACAAAAAGUAGGUGGAGAGUCAAAGACGUUAAUUGUGAACAAUCUCUCGUACAAUGCAACAGAAGAGUCUCUUCAAGAAGUGUUUGAGAGAGCCUCUUCUAUCAGGAUGCCACAAAACGUCCAAGGCAAGCCUAAAGGAUAUGCGUUCGUUGAAUUUUCCACAGUUGAAGAUGCUAAAGAAGCUUUGAAUUCCUGUAACAACACAGAAAUUGAAGGUAGAACAAUCAGAUUGGAAUUCAGCGCACCAGGUGGACAGAAAAGCGGUGGAGGAUUUAAUGCCAGAGGAGGAUUUAAUCAACAAACCAAAACGCUGUUUGUCAAAGGCCUCUCUGAGGACACCACCGAGGAGACGUUGAGGGAGUCGUUUGAAGGUUCUGUCAAUGCCAGAAUAGUCAUGGACAGAGACACUGGCUCAUCCAAAGGAUUUGGCUUUGUGGACUUCAGCUGCCCAGAAGAUGCCAAAGCAGCUAAAGAAGCUAUGGAGGAUGGAGAGAUUGAUGGAAAUAAAGUGACCCUCGACUAUGCUAAGCCCAAGGGUGAUGGCCAGCGAGGUGGUGGAUUUGGCGGCCGUGGAGGAGGAGGACGGGGUGGCAGAGGUGGAUUCAGCGGAAGGGGUGGCAGAGGAGGAUUUGGAGGUAGAGGAGGUGGCUUCCGGGGAGGCAGAGGAGGAGGAGAACAGAAGCCACAGGGGAAGAAGAUUAAAUUUAAUGACUAAGCGGUCCCUUUUUCUUCCUUCCCCCAUUAUCUGAAAGGACUCUGAGGUUUUUAUUCUGUCAUCUUUGUUUUGACACGGAGCCUUCUGAGGACAUUCCAAGAUGCAAAGCAGAACUGAGAGCCACUUGGGAAAAGUAACUAUCAUUUCAAAGAGCCAGCUCGAUUGCCUGGCUAUUCAAGUGAACUUUUUAAAGAAAUGAGUGCUAGAUGUGGGAGUUUCCCUUUGUCUGUGAGUUGUCUUGAAUUUAUAACGUUUUACCCCAUGUACAAAAAUAUUUUUCCCUAUAAAUUUCUGUAGGUUUUUGCUGUAAAAAUGCAGAACGUUUUAUCAUUUAUUAUUUUUUUUUUUUUUUGUGCUUCGGCACCUGUCUCAGACAGAUUAAAGGGCCUGACCUGG